UUUUGAAUUGCAAAAAAGGAAAAAAUAUUUUCUUGUAGAAAAAUUCUCAAGCGUGUUUCUAAGCUUGUGUCCAAUCAGACUCUAGUUAAAUUAACGUUGUUACUCAUCCUCAAACUACUUUGAAAAUUUCCCAUUUGAUGAUUAAAGAAUAACAACGUUUCAGGAUUAGACGAAAAUAAUAAGGAUUUUGCUAUUUGGCAAUUUUUGUUUUAAAAAUUAUCAUUUUAAAAAUACCCAUUUUGUUUGAUGUAUUCCUUUGUUGUAAAUUGGCUUUGGACACUCGCCACUCGCCACUGUCUGCCACCACAGAUACUGAUAGUUGAAGAAAAGGAAGAUCAGCUGGUUAUAUUUGAUAGAGAAACUACUGUUACGAAAAUAUGAAAGAGGAAGAGGUGAAUCGAUGCCAGAUUCAGGAAUGGUAUCCAAAGUUCAAAUCUGUAUCCAUCAAGACCUUAAUUCAUCAACUUCCUGAAUCAUUUAUUCAGUACCUACUUGAUGACUCGGGGCCCUUCCUGUUGCCUGUUUCUGUCUUAAAUGAAGAUGCAUUACCCAAUAGAAUUCAAAAUCCAGAUGAGGAAGAAGAUUUUCAGGUGUCAGAGGGAUCUGAUGAUGAAGCAGAGGAAAGUUCUCCACCACCUUCUUUUCCAGAACUUGAAUUGAAAAUUAAGGAAUCCAUUGAGUCCCUUGGGGGUGCAGUUUUCCCCAAAUUGAAUUGGAGUGCCCCAAAAGAUUCAGCUUGGAUAAGCACUAGUGGUACCCUUCGGUGCACAAGUUUCAGUGAGAUUGCUCUUUUAUUUCGAUCUUCUGAUUCAUUGGUCCAUGACUUGUGUCAUGCUUAUGAUUCAUGCAAGGAUAAAUCUUCAACUAGACCCCUGAGUUUCUUCCUUGCUCUCCGUAAAUGGUAUCCAUCGCUUCAGCCAGACAUGGAAUUUCGAUGUUUUGUACUGGAUCAGAAGUUAAUUGGAAUUUCUCAACGGGAGGUCACUACUUUCUAUCCUAUUCUGCUUGAAAAGAAGAAUGAUCUCCUUUUACUUAUACAGGCAUUUUUUAACAAUUACGUGAGGGCUAACUUUGAGUCAGAAAACUACACAUUUGAUAUAUACAUUACAAAAGAUGAGAGAGUUAAGGUUGUGGAUUUCAACCCUUGGGGUGCCUUUACAUUGGCGUUGUUGUUUACGUGGGAUGAAUUAGACCAUAUUCAUAGUGAAGGAGAUGAUGUUGAGUUUAGAAUUUUGGAAGAUCGUUGUGCUGUUAGGCCAGGCCUUAAAACAGCCGUUCCAUUUGAUUACUUGGAUACCAGCGAAGGGAGUGGUUGGGAUCAAUUUCUAAGGAAUGCAGAUGAGGAGUUAAGACGACAAUCUACAGAAGCUGGUGGAUGAUAAUCAAAUGUUGUUUCUUAUUUGUUGCUUUGAGGUAGCAAAUAAAAGAGUUGUUUGUCUUUUCUUAAAUUUUUAUUUUGAGAAACAAGAGGAAAACGUGUGUUUGAAAACAGUACCCUGUAGAGGACGCAAUUUUCCUUUUUAUCAUAAACAUAGUAGUCUUUAUGUUCUUUUGUUGGAUCACUUAAAAUCCAAUAUUUUUAUUGUAAGUUAUCACCAAUUUUCAGACCUUCGAUAAUUAGUGUUGAAACGUCAGAGGCACAUGAAGAUCUGAAGUGGCAAUUUUCUACUCUCAGAUAAUGUUAUCUCCCCUUUUUUAAAUUUACGUGGAUGAAAGUUUUUUUU